GCUGCCGGAGAUUUGAACAAAGCCGCCGAGCUUUUGACGGAUCUGGUGGAAAACGGUGAUGACCCGUCGACGAGUUCGGGUCAGGAAACCGGGUCUACUUCUGAGUACGGGGCUGGGUCGAGCUCCAGCUGCUGCGGUGAUGACGUGGCGAGAGAGAGUUUGUUUAUGGGAGGACGAAGCAAGCAGAGUAGAGUUAUUGCCGCUACGGGGAUAGUGUCUUCCGUGAUUGCCAAGGAUUACUUGAAGCCGAAGAAAGAGUUUCCUUCUUUUGUGGAAAGGUCUAAAGAGCCCUAUGGGAAGAAAGCUGGGGAUAGAGAGAAAGCUGAGCAGUUCUUAGCUUCGAUGCUUGGAGAUGAUUGCGAGCUUAGCAUGGCUGUUGUUAGAGAUGUCUUGUGUCAAUGUGGCUACGAUGUCGACAAGGCCUUGAAUGUGUUGCUUGACAUGUCUUCUUCUUCAUCAACUAAUGAUGAUUCAAUAAGUGGUAGAUGUUCGGCCAUAGGAUUCAGCGAUAGUCUGGCGGAUACAUCAUUUGAUACUGAUACUUCCGAAAGUGAGCCAAGUUUCUGGGGAGGCUAUAGUCCAAGGGAUUACUCGAAAGCUCUCAUGAGUGAUCCUUUUGCAACUAGACAAGGAAGUUGUGAGCCUUUUCAUCCACAAAAGGUGUUGGAGUCUCUGUUCAACAUUCCCCAGAGUACUAAACACGAACCAAAGACAAUGAGUUGGAGAAACGUCGCAAAGAAAAUGCAGUCACUUGGGAUUGAUGCUUCUUCAUCUAGUGGUGAAGGUUCCCAGCCUGAAAACUAUGUGAAGGAUGGUGGAUAUCAUGAGCUUAGAAAAGGUGCAAAUGACCAGUGGAAUGUAACGAAGUCAUACUAUCAAAAACCUGCAGAAGCAUAUUCGAAAGGAGGGAGGGCUCAUGCGGCUUACCUUUCUGAAAAGGGGAGAGCGGCAUCUAAAUUAGCUCAGCGAGCAGAUGAGAGGGCAAGCCAAGAUAUAUUCGUCGCUAGAAAUAAGGGUAUAGAGAAUGUGAUAACCAUUGAUCUGCAUGGUCAACAUGUUAAACAAGCAAUGAAGCUAUUGAAGAUGCAUCUCUUGCUCGGAGCAUAUGUCCCUUCCAUUCAGACACUACGUGUGAUCACAGGAUGUGGGUCUCAUGGGUUUGGGAAGUCCAAAGUGAAACAAUCGGUGACGAAGCUGCUAGAAAGGGAAGGAGUUGGGUAUUGUGAAGAGAACAGAGGAACAUUACUGAUCAAGCUUGAGGGAUGUAGUAGAGAGUUCAGUUUCUUAGACACAGAGAGUGACUCUGAUUUAAGUUAAAACUAAA